UUAGGACUUGGUACCCACGGUAUGGCAAAAACAAAUGCAACCAGCUAUUCUUCUAACUUUUCAAUUUCAAAUAUAGCAAAAAUUACAGAUAAUCGCAUUUUUAGUUUCGUUGUAAUCGAAAUAUUAGUCAGUCUUAGCCUGAAACUGAGUCAAAAUCAAGCCAAUGAAGCCCACUCGUGUUGAUGCGAACUUUGCCGAGUCGAGUUUCGGGAAAAUGAGUCACGUGGUGACUGUGUCCGAGACAGAUCGGCUUCUGGCGGAGGCAGAGAGGCUGAGCAGUACGACGAAGCGGAUCGUGCUGCUUAUGUGUGUGCUUACAGUGACUUUAGAGGGGGCCAAUUUGUCUCUCCCGGGUCCAUUUUUUCCAGCUGAAGCCGAGAAAAAAGGUCUCUCUCAGACUCAGAUUGGCCUCGUAGUCGGCUCUGUUGACGUGGCCAACUUGAUUUUCUCAUUCGUGGUCGCCAGUCUCGUCUCGGCCCACAGCAUCAAAUUCUUCUUCGUCUGGGGCACUUUGUGGUCUUCGAUAACAGUAGGCGCAUUCGGAGUCCUCGGGGAUGCACCCGAUGGCACUGUGUACUUCGUGUCGUGUCUCGUGUGCCGAGUGUGCAAUGGAGUCGGGGCCUCUAUGCUCUACAGCACCGCACUCCCAAUCGCAGUCCAGGUGUAUCCAGAGAGGGCAGGUGUAAUUACAACAAUAAUACAGACUUCUCUCGGAUUCGGCCUAUGUCUGGGACCACCUGUCGGCAGUGUGUUGCUACCUUUCGGCGGAUAUCGACUUCCGUUCUUGUGCGUCGCCGCUAUCGAAUUCAUCGUCGCUUCUUUUUCUCUUAUCUUCGUACCAUCCAAAGGCGCCAAGGCAAAAUCAAAAGUACAAGCAUCCGAUUAUAUUAUUUUUAUAACCAAACCUUCGACGCUUAGCGUCGCGAUUCCAGCCGCCACUAUUUUCUGCAUUUGUGGCGUUAGAGAUUCGGCUUAUUCGCUCUACUUUGAAAACACUCUGGGGUUGACUUCGGAAUCAGUCGGUUAUAUAUUCACGGCGAAUUCAGUCGCAUAUUUUCUUGCCGGCCCGAUUGUGGGAGUUCUAGUUGAAUUUGGUUUUGGGGGAUACAUUGUGAUGAUAACCCAAUUUAUAGCUCCUAUGAUCUCUCUCGGAUUCUUUCUCCCAAAGAUCUUCCCAGUACUAGAGUCCGUUUACUGGGGCGUUUCCUUUCUGUUCGGAACUGGCUUUGUUAUUGCGCUAAUGAUGAAUCCAACAUAUCUGGUUUUUGAGAAAGUGGCUCUAAGACAAGGUCUUACAAAUAUGCAACAGAUCAAAACCAUAGCAGCCUCUUGCUACAACCUCCAAUCUUCAUUUGGGCGAACUUUCGGCUCAUUUGUAAUCGGGGGUUAUCUAAACGAACAAAUUGGGUUUUAUUACAUGUCACUUGCAUACGCUGUGAUGCUUGCCGUGACCGGAUUGUGGUAUCUGGCUUUUCUCUGGAAAAACGGACUCAUAAGACGACUGUAUUACCAUGCAAAGCAUGCAGAUGGGAACUCGGAAUUGAGUUCGGAAAUGAAAGGCGCCAUACCAUUGGACACUACCGCCAGAAGAUCACAAAGAGUCGGAGACGAGGAGUCGGAAGAUGAUUCGAUGUUCAAGCAAUCAGUCUCGGACAUCUUGCUCACAAGUAUGGGUCGAUCUCAGAUUUUGCCUAGAUAGAUAUCGCAACCCCAUAAUCCUAACCACAACGCUAAUUUAUGUUAUCCAGAGAAAAGGACCAAAAACUAAAAACUGGGAACUAAAUGCUGGAUUGGCAUUGAACAAAAAUUGAAAAGAAAAAACUGCUUGGAAAUUUACAACUGCAAAGGUUGAAACUAGUGGUUCAAUUCAUGAGCAAAUUAUAUCAAAACUUUAUUUAGCAUACAAAAUUUCAGAAGAGUCUCGUAGAUUGUGCAGAUAAAAAGAGACAUUUGUAUGAA